CACUCUUGGGACCCUGAAAUCUGACGGAAGCUCCCAGUCCUUGCCCCAGAAAGCGCACGAGUCAGGGUGCAGGGCUGCGCCCUGAGCCCCGUGUCUCCCCAGGAUGGCCGUGGUCCCCAUCAUCAUCAGCCUGACCCUGACCACGCUGCUGGGCAACGCCGUCGCCUUCGCCACAGGAGUGCUGUACGGACUCGCCGCCCUGGGCCGCAAGGGCGACGCCAUCUCCUACGCCAGGAUCCAGCAGCAGAAGCAGCAGGUGGAUGAGGGGAAGCUCACGGAGACCCUGGAGGGGGAGCUGUGAGGCCCCCGCCCGGCCCCUCCCACCCCGCCGUCCCGGCCGGGCUGGAGCAGACUCGGGGUUU